AGCCUCUAGAUGGCGACAGGGCGCAGAGUUGCACUUAAACUGCCAGUAGCAGCAAGUGUCGAUAAAGGCUAACGACUGGAGCUAACCAGUUCUCUAUCCACCCCAGUUCUGGGGGGAUUUGUUGGAUAUUAGUUUACUGGCUUGUUUUGAGUCGGUUUUAUUUGCCAAAAAAUGCAGAAAUAUGAAAAGCUUGAGAAAAUAGGAGAGGGUACUUAUGGGACUGUUUUCAAAGCUAAAAACAGAGAAACCCACGAAAUUGUGGCUUUAAAAAGAGUCAGACUAGACGACGACGAUGAGGGGGUACCGAGUUCUGCUUUGAGGGAAAUCUGUCUUUUGAAGGAACUAAAGCAUAAAAACAUCGUCAGAUUACACGAUGUGUUGCACAGUGACAAAAAGCUAACCCUGGUCUUUGAGUAUUGUGAUCAGGAUUUGAAGAAAUAUUUUGACAGCUGCAAUGGGGAUUUAGAUCCUGAAACUGUGAAGUCAUUCAUGUACCAGCUGUUGAAAGGUCUAGCUUUCUGUCACAGCCGAAAUGUCCUUCAUAGAGACCUGAAGCCUCAGAAUCUUCUCAUCAACAGAAACGGAGAAUUGAAGCUUGCUGACUUUGGGCUGGCCCGGGCUUUUGGUAUUCCAGUGAGGUGUUACUCUGCAGAGAGGGCAUGCUUCACUGCGCUGAUGUGGACAAACAAAAUCCUGAAGAGGGUCUUGACGCAGAUUACCUGCACGCUCCUGUUUUUUUUUUUUUUUUUGAGCUGGCUGCUGCUUAUAAAAGCAAAGGUUCCCGUCUGAUAGACAUCAUUCCUCGUUUUGGGGUUUUUACAGAGAGCAACACUUUUUUGGAGGAAGAAAGAAGGCAGUAUUUUUUUUGAGCAAAGAUGGCCCGUGUCUUUUGCGUCUUAGCUUGUCUGUUUUUUGUAUUCUGUGUUGUCCAAA